AUGUUGUCCAGUCGGCGUAUGGUAAUCGGUGGUCAUUUGUAUGCGACCGGGUACUAUCUCUAUGGUACCUGGAUAGUACCUGAUCGGUAUCUGGAUGCUACCGGGUAUGUACCUGGAAUUCGCGAUUGCCACUGGCUGGCACAUCGAUCGUUUAUAUACCAUCAGUGUUUUUUUACACCUUCUCAAGCUUUCCAGGGUCUUAUCGGAUAAAGCUGGAACAAAAAAUAACGACCCGGGAAGCAAUUCCAGACUUUCCGCAAGAAAUCGCGAAUGUCAGGUAGCUACCCGGUAGCUACUUGCAUCGACCUCCUACCCGGGUACCACCAAAGGUUAAUCGGGAAGUCGAUACAAAUAGCUACCGGGUAGCAACUUUUGAAAAAGUCAAUCGGCGUAUGGUAAUCGGUGGUCGUUUGUACGCGACCGGGUACUAUCCCUAUGGUACCUGGGUCGGAGGUCGAUGCAAGUAGCUGCUUGACAUUCGCGAUUGCUACCGGAAAGUCUAAGAUUGCUUCCCGGAUCGUUAUUUUUUGUUUCAGCUUUAUCCAAUAAGACCCUGGAAGGCUUGGGAGGGUGUAAAAAAACAUUGAUGCUAUAUAAACGACUGUGCCAACCAGUGGCAGUCGCGAAUUUCAGGUACCUAUCCGGUAGCAUCCAGAUACCGACCAGGUAUUAUUCAGGUACCAUAGAGAUAGUACCCGGUCGCAUACAAAUGACCACCGAUUACCAUUCGCCGAUUGACUUUUCCAAAAGUUGCUACCCGGUAGCUAUUUGUAUCGACUUCUCGAUUCAUCUUUGAAAGUUGAUAUGCCUGCUCUGAGUUAAUUGCGGGAUAAAAAAAAGUCACUGCAGUAGUCGAGGUGAGGCUUCACAAAUAGAUUGAAAACCAUAUUAUACUGUUGGAUUGUAAGACAACGAAAACUCUUAAGAAUUUGUUUACUUUUCAGCAUAGAGGUAUUAACUGCUUUCGAGAUAUGAGCUUUGAAAAGUAGGGGGUUAUCCACCAUGACACCGAGAUCUCUAACAACUUCGGAAGAACUAAUCGAAGUGCCGUUGAUAGAAUAAACUGUCCUUGGAUUUGAUUUGCCUAGGUGUAGAGCAACAGUUUUGUUUUCGGCUAAUGGAAGGCCCCAGGUUUCAGACCACUCAGAAAGCUGAUUGAUUGCGUUUUGAAGAACGAUUGGGUUAGAAGAGAAAAUUUUGAGAUCAUCAGCGAAUAAAUAGCUAGAUACGUCAUUACUGAAGUUUUGAGCUAACACGGGGAGUGCAAAAGGUGGUGGGUUGAGAAUUUGAUGAAACUUGGUAUAUAGGUACUUUAGGACACCCUGAUUCCAAUAAAGUUGAAAAAAAGUGCGCCUUUUGGGUUCUAGUCGAGUUAUGGCACCUCAAAGUUUGCACGCAAAAAAUGCAUUGGAUGGAAGGAGGAAAUAUCUCGCGGCGGCUAAGUCUAGCUGCCAGCAGGUGGCGUGGUGUAGUGGCUAGCGGUCUAGCGCUAUGGAACCUAUGAUGCCGGUUCAAAUCCUUUUUUGUGCAAUUUAUUUUUGCCAUUUUUUUUCUUUAAAAAAUUAGUAAGUUUUGAAGAUGGAGUGAAUAAACAGCUCAAAAUGUUGAAAUUCACCAUUUUAUGCCCUUCUGAGAAAGAAUUUUGACAAAAAAAUUUUUUUGCUAUGAAUUUCCUUUUUCCAACCAUAAGGCUCUGGUCGACCCCUUUCUUUAAAAAAAAUUCCUGAUGAAAAAAAAAAUCAAAAAUUUUUAUGAGAUUCAUCAUUUUUUUCUUCUCUUUUAAGAUGUUAUGUAAGUAGAUUUAGCGAAGAUGGUUUACGUAAUUAUAAACACUACUUUACUAAUCUCAGUAAUCAAAGAACGCCAAACGAGUAUUCCCUUAACUAACUUUUAAAGAGAUUUCUACGCCUCCGAGAGGUUUUUUUCCCCUUCAGGGCUUUCUCAGUAAGUUUUUUUGGAAAGUUCACGUCCGGUUUGUAUCCAGUGGAGAGAGGCGGGCUGAGCCACAACACUCUUCCUAGCUGGGCUGCUGCAGGAGAAAGAAGGUGAACCGGCGGGCAAGAGCCACAACACGGUUUUCCGCAGUCGUCUGAGCAGCUUCGACAGAGAGACACGACGAAGCAACGCUGGCUGGGUCUGA